AAAAAAAACCCUAAAAAAAGAUCCCACAGACUUUUCAGCACUGUUGUGAUUAUUGAAAAAAACCAACCAACCAAAACAGUAGUUCCAGCUCACUGGGUUGACUCGGGUAGUUCUGUUGUUUAUUUUUCACCAAAAGGGUAAAAGGCAGUUGGUAUGUAUAUUGCAGAAUGGGCUGUACCAGAACCAGGAUGGCAGGAAUUUGAAUUUGUUUAGUACAUAUUAGAUUCUGGAACAUUAGAAACAUGUAACCAGAUGUUACAUUUUCAAACUGAAGAUGAUGCUGAAAAUUUAUCAAUACAAAAAAUUAAAAUGAAUAAAAGAGCUGCAAGUCCAGUGAUAGAUUUCGCGUCCAGUCCUAAAUCGUCUUCUCAACGUUUUACACCUAGUGAUAUUUUGAAAAUGCCUGCAACGUUUUCGAAAUUAAAUAUUGCAUCAUUGUUCUAACAAGAUCAUUCUUGUAAAACCACAAAUUUGUUUGAGAAGCCUUCAAAAGUGGGUGAUGGUGGUUCCUCAUUUAAAGAAAUGUCAAAUAAACAAUUUCAGUAUGCAAUUUUUAAAGAGUUGACAAAUGAAUUUACGCUGAUCAAGCAAAAUCAAAAAAAGAUUAUUGACCGCUUAGAUUUAUUAGAAAGCAAUUUUGUUAGUGUAAUGGGAGUAUCAAAUAACACAAUUGAAGCAGAUGUAAUUAUGAAGCCUAUUGACUCGUUGGAGAAGUUUGAUAAACAGGAAAAUACGUUAAACUUAAGUAAAGUAGCAAGGUUGCAGAAGAUUCGUCAGAUUAGAAGUGUGGGUGGACCAACUCCGCAGAGAACUAUUAAGAAAGUGCUAGAUUGUGUAUUAGAGCGCAGCGUGCAAAAUUGUUUCAGCAAAGAUGGGUUAAAAGGAAAGCGGAAAUUUCUAAGUGCAGCACUUUAUAAAUGUUUAAAGACUGCACUUAUAUCUGACAAAGGUGGUUUUGAAGGGAGCGAUAUUGGAAGACUUGUUGGUGAUUUGUUAAAACGGGCUGUACCAAAGUUACAAAAAGAAGAAAGUUGUCACGAUUCUUCAUUAAGUAUUGUAACAGAAGAAACUAGAAUGUUACAAUACUUAAUAAAGAAUCAUUUCUUUAUUAUUUAUUGUAACAAUACUUAAGGAAUGUUACAAUAAAUAAUAAAGAAAUGAAAAUGGAAUCGAUUUUUAUUUUUUUGGCUAAAUGUUUCCGUUUCUUUAAACCUCUCCCUAACUCCUUAUUUUUUCCAAAAAUACUUGAUUUGUAACCCGUUACUUAGUAACGGGUUAUAAAUAGUUAAACAGGUUACAAAUAGUUACUUACUAUAGUAAGGGGUUAAUAUACUAUGUA